AUGAAGUGGAAGGGAGUGAAGGGAAAGAUAUUCCAGACAGGGGUAUUUUAUAUCUAUUUUAGUCUAUUUAUGAGUGGGUAUCUGGGAAAAUACACUCUGCCUGUUGUAACCUCAGAUUUAAAACUGGCUGCAGAAUGUGGAUAUAAAAUUAUGGAGAAAGGUGGUAAUGCAGUAGAUGCAGCCGUUACAACAGCAAUUGCUGUAGGGGCUAUGAAUGCAUUUGCAUCUGGCCUAGGGGGAGGUGGUUUCCUUUUAGUGAAAAUCCCAGAUGGAAAGUGCUUUGAGUACAAUUUCCGGGAGAGGGCACCAGCCUCUGCUAAUGCAAAUAAUUACAAAAACAAAGAAGACUCCAGUGCAGGCAGGAAGUCAAUUGCAGUACCUAGUGAACUAAUGGGACUAAUUGCAGUACAUACGGACUUUGGUAUUCUCCCAUGGGAAGAUCUUUUCCCAGAAAUAAUUAAGAUCCUGGAAGAUGGCUUUCUUGUACCCAGAGUACUAGCACAGAAAUUAAAAGAAUUUCAGGGAAAAAUACUAAAUGACAGAGGACUAUAUGAAGCAUAUACAAGAAAUGGAAAAAUACUUCAGGAAAAUGACUUAUUGCAAAGGCGUAAUUUAGCAAGAACCUUGAAGGAAAUAAGUAGAGAUCCAAGUAGCUUCUUCACAGGUGAAAUCUCCAAGAGUCUCCUGGAAUUCAUUAACUCAGAAGGAACAGUCAUCCUGCCGGAAGAAUUAAGCCAGCAGCAAGUCACUAGGAAGGAAGUAUUCCCAGAAAUAGUAAAUAAGACAGAAAUAUAUACGACAACACUACCUACCACAGGAUAUAUGCUUAGACUAGCAGCAUAUAUACUAGAACACAUAAAGACAACAAGUACUCCAUCAGAAGAACUCCUGCAAAGCUACUUAAUCAGGAUAUAUAACGAACUAUAUUCUAUUAGGACAGAAUUAGAAGAUCUCCAGGAUGAACAAGCAAACACAAAUAGUCUUCAAAUUCACCUCCAAAAUAGAACAGUAGCAGACACUCUCCUUCAGAGUAUCAUUGGAAGUAGUCCUUUCUCUCCUAAUAAGAAUAGUGUAGUAGAAGACCAUGGGACAACCCAUAUAAAUAUAAUUGAUAAAGACGGAAUGAUAGUUGCACUGACAUCUACUAUUAAUCAGUACUGGGGUUCUGGUUUAAUGGAUCCUGUCACUGGAAUCAUUCUGAACAAUCAAAUUGAUGAUUUCACUUUCUCUGACUUUGCAACGUACAGUGGUAUAAAACUAACAGGAAGUACUGUAAAUCAAAUAAAACCAUAUAAACAGCCACUUUCAUCUGCUAUGCCCUCAAUUAUCAAACGGGAUAAUGACUUAUAUAUUAUUGGGGGGUCUGGGGGUAUAAGAAUUCCUACUGCUAUUAUAUCUACGGUUGCCAGGAUAUUCUUGUGUGAUGAUCCUAUUGAUAAGGCAAUUGAUACGCCUAGAUUGCACUAUCAAGGCGGGCGUACAAUAAAGGUAGAAGGAAAGUAUACUAGUACUUUGCCUAAAAUGGGUGUGAAUUGGUUAGUACUAAGGGAUGAUGAAGAUACUAUCUCUAGUUGUGUGCAUAUUAUAAAGUACAACAUAAAGGAUAAGUCAGUUACUGCAAAGGCAGACAGAAGGAAAGAUGCAGCUGUUGUAGGACGGGAAUAUCUUAGUGCAGAUAGACUAGAUAGUGAGAAAAAGAAGGAAUUUGUCUCUUUCUCUUACAGGUUUGACUUCUCUGGGAAUCUAUUCAAGGCUAUUAUGGAUAUGUAG